GGAGAAGCGGCUGCAGCGGCCGCGGCAGGAGCAGCGGGAGCUACAGCAUCAGCAAGAGCAACAGUAGCUACAGCCCCGGCGGCGGUGCCUGUUCCAGUCUUUGCUGCUGCAGUCCGUGCAACCACCCAGAGGGGGAGGGGGGAACCACCAGUCGCUGAGGAGCAGGAGAAGGGGGGAAAGUUUAGGCGAGUCUGGGUGGGGGGGGCCCAGCGCCGGAGCCGCGUGAGAGAGGGAGCCGUAUUUUGGUAGGGGGGAGUCGGACUGCAACUGGCAGUAGAGCGUCCCCCGGCCGUGUGGACUCUACAGCUCCUACUCCUGCCGCUCCUGCUGCCGCCUGUAGCUGGAGGGUCUCCCUGGGGCAGAAUCUUUGGGACUUGACCUCGUUCCCCUCCCCCUUCCCUCACUCCUUAGACAGGCGGGAGCAUUUAUUCCACAGAUUAAUUCCCCUUCUUUUUUGGGGGGGGCGGGUGUGCGUAUCGGGGGGAGGUGUCCCUGAAAUAGUAAAUAUUGUUGAGCUUUUUUUGCCCUUAUCCUCUUCGUUUUUUUUAAUUUCUUUUUUUAAGGUGGGAAAACUGUGAAACCCACCUUGAUUUCCUCCCCUCUCCCCCGCCCCAUCCUCCCUUGCCCUAAUCCCCCGACAAGGAAGGAAGAAGCAGUUGGUUCAAUCUCUGGUAAUCUAUGCCAGCAAUUAUGACAAUGUUAGCAGACCAUGCAGCUCGCCAGCUGCUUGAUUUCAGCCAAAAACUGGAUAUCAACCUUUUAGACAACGUGGUGAAUUGCUUAUACCACGGAGAAGGAGCCCAGCAAAGAAUGGCUCAAGAAGUACUGACACAUUUAAAGGAGCAUCCUGAUGCAUGGACAAGAGUCGACACAAUUUUGGAAUUUUCACAGAAUAUGAACACGAAAUAUUAUGGACUACAAAUUUUGGAAAAUGUGAUAAAAACAAGGUGGAAGAUUCUUCCAAGGAACCAAUGUGAAGGGAUAAAAAAAUAUGUUGUUGGCCUCAUUAUCAAGACGUCAUCUGACCCAACUUGUGUAGAGAAGGAAAAGGUAUAUAUCGGGAAAUUAAAUAUGAUUCUUGUUCAGAUACUGAAACAAGAAUGGCCAAAGCAUUGGCCCACUUUUAUCAGUGACAUUGUUGGAGCAAGUAGGACCAGUGAAAGUCUCUGUCAGAAUAAUAUGGUGAUUCUGAAACUCUUGAGUGAAGAAGUAUUUGAUUUCUCUAGUGGACAGAUAACCCAAGUGAAAGCUAAGCAUUUAAAAGACAGCAUGUGCAAUGAAUUCUCACAAAUUUUUCAGCUUUGUCAGUUUGUGAUGGAAAAUUCCCAAAAUGCUCCACUUGUACAUGCAACUUUGGAAACGUUGCUCAGAUUUCUUAACUGGAUUCCACUUGGAUAUAUUUUUGAGACCAAGUUAAUCAGCACAUUAAUUUAUAAGUUCCUGAAUGUUCCAAUGUUUCGAAACGUCUCUCUGAAGUGCCUCACUGAGAUCGCUGGUGUGAGUGUAAGCCAGUACGAGGAACAAUUUGUAACGCUAUUUACGCUGACAAUGAUGCAGCUAAAACAGAUGCUUCCUUUAAAUACCAAUAUUCGACUUGCAUACUCAAAUGGAAAGGAUGAUGAACAGAACUUUAUUCAAAAUCUCAGUUUGUUUCUCUGCACCUUUCUUAAAGAACAUGGUCAACUUAUAGAAAAAAGAUUAAAUCUCAGGGAAACACUCAUGGAGGCCCUUCAUUAUAUGUUGUUGGUAUCCGAAGUAGAGGAAACUGAAAUCUUUAAGAUUUGUCUUGAGUACUGGAAUCACCUGGCAGCUGAACUCUAUAGAGAGAGCCCAUUCUCAACAUCUGCCUCUCCGUUGCUAUCUGGAAGUCAACAUUUUGAUGUUCCUCCCAGGAGGCAGCUGUAUUUGCCUGUGUUGUCCAAGGUCCGUUUACUGAUGGUUAGUCGAAUGGCUAAACCAGAGGAAGUAUUAGUUGUAGAAAAUGAUCAGGGAGAAGUUGUAAGAGAAUUCAUGAAGGAUACAGAUUCCAUAAAUUUGUAUAAGAAUAUGAGAGAAACAUUAGUUUAUCUUACUCAUCUGGAUUAUGUAGAUACAGAAAGAAUAAUGACUGAGAAGCUUCACAAUCAAGUGAAUGGUACGGAGUGGUCAUGGAAAAAUUUGAAUACGUUGUGUUGGGCGAUAGGCUCCAUUAGUGGAGCAAUGCAUGAAGAGGAUGAAAAACGAUUUCUUGUUACUGUUAUAAAGGAUCUACUAGGAUUAUGUGAGCAGAAAAGAGGCAAAGAUAAUAAAGCUAUUAUUGCAUCAAAUAUCAUGUACAUAGUAGGUCAAUAUCCACGAUUUUUAAGAGCUCACUGGAAAUUCUUGAAGACUGUAGUUAACAAGCUCUUUGAAUUCAUGCAUGAGACCCAUGAUGGAGUCCAGGACAUGGCUUGUGAUACUUUCAUUAAAAUAGCUCAAAAGUGCCGCAGGCAUUUUGUUCAGGUUCAGGUUGGAGAAGUAAUGCCAUUUAUUGAUGAGAUUUUGAACAACAUUAACACUAUAAUUUGUGAUCUUCAGCCUCAACAGGUCCAUACAUUUUAUGAAGCUGUGGGGUACAUGAUUGGUGCACAAACAGACCAAACAGUACAAGAACAUUUGAUAGAAAAAUAUAUGCUACUUCCUAAUCAGGUUUGGGAUAGCAUAAUCCAGCAAGCAACCAAAAAUGUGGAUAUACUUAAAGAUCCUGAAACAGUCAAGCAACUUGGUAGCAUAUUGAAAACAAACGUGAGAGCCUGCAAAGCGGUUGGACACCCGUUUGUGAUUCAGCUUGGGAGAAUUUAUUUAGAUAUGCUUAAUGUAUACAAGUGCCUCAGUGAAAAUAUUUCUGCAGCUAUUCAAGCUAAUGGUGAGAUGGUUACAAAGCAACCAUUGAUUAGAAGUAUGCGAACAGUAAAAAGGGAAACUUUAAAGUUAAUAUCUGGUUGGGUGAGCCGGUCCAAUGAUCCACAGAUGGUAGCUGAAAAUUUUGUUCCUCCUCUGUUGGAUGCAGUUCUCAUUGAUUAUCAGAGAAAUGUCCCAGCUGCUAGAGAACCAGAAGUGCUUAGUACUAUGGCUAUUAUUGUCAACAAGUUAGGAGGACAUAUAACAGCUGAAAUACCUCAAAUAUUUGAUGCUGUUUUUGAAUGCACAUUGAAUAUGAUAAAUAAGGACUUUGAAGAAUAUCCUGAGCACAGAACGAACUUUUUCUUACUACUUCAGGCUGUCAAUUCUCAUUGUUUCCCAGCAUUCCUGGCUAUUCCACCUGCACAGUUUAAACUUGUUUUGGAUUCCAUCAUUUGGGCUUUCAAACAUACUAUGAGGAAUGUAGCAGAUACAGGCUUACAGAUACUUUUUACACUCUUACAAAAUGUUGCACAAGAAGAAGCUGCAGCUCAGAGUUUCUAUCAAACUUAUUUUUGUGAUAUUCUUCAGCAUAUCUUUUCUGUCGUGACAGACACCUCACAUACUGCUGGUUUGACAAUGCAUGCAUCUAUCCUUGCAUAUAUGUUUAAUUUGGUUGAAGAAGGAAAAAUAAGUACACCAUUAAAUCCUGGAAAUCCAGUUAACAACCAAAUGUUUAUUCAGGAAUAUGUGGCUAAUCUUCUUAAGUCUGCAUUCCCUCAUCUUCAGGAUGCUCAAGUAAAGCUCUUUGUGACAGGACUUUUCAGCUUAAAUCAGGAUAUUCCUGCAUUCAAGGAACAUCUUAGGGAUUUCCUGGUACAGAUAAAGGAGUUUGCAGGUGAAGAUACAUCGGAUCUCUUUUUGGAAGAAAGAGAAACAGCCCUUCGACAGGCUCAGGAAGAGAAACAUAAACUUCAAAUGUCUGUCCCUGGCAUCCUUAAUCCACAUGAAAUUCCAGAAGAAAUGUGUGAUUAAAGUCAGAAGUCAUGCUGGGUUGUGUUUUUUUUUGUUUUUUUUUUUUUUUUUUUUUUUGUUUCUGG